AUGGCCUCCGAUGCCGCCGCCUCGCCGGCCGAGCUCUAUGACUCUGCCAUGACUGUCCCCUCAGACUCCGAGAACUACUCUACCAACCAUGAGAUGUCUUCUUCCUCCACAAGCUCGCCGAUGAUUCUCUACAAGCCGCCAACCAUCUUGGGUAUCCUCCGAGGAGCAGCUAUCAACCUCUUCCUCCCCUUCGUCAACGGCCUCAUGCUUGGAUUUGGCGAGUUGUUCGCACACGAGGCUGCCUUCCGACUGGGUUGGUCUAACACCAAGAUCUUCCCUACAUAUCGUCGCUCAGUGGGACCUGGAGUUGAGCUUCGGGAGCUUCCCUCAGAGCGGAGACGCGCCCCUGCUGGACUGAAGGACACUACAUCUCUGGAAUAA